AUGUCAUCUCCACUUCGCCCCCAGUUCUUCUGUGCCCGUCCAAAUGGCACGAUCACCCCCCUGGUUGCUGUUGAUGAGCUUCCCUCCCAUAUAUCGAUUCGAGGAGUCCCUCGUACACUGUCCGCCAACGAAACCCAGGGCAUGACUAGCUUAGGCACCGUGAGUCCAAGAGCGCAAACCUACGUCAUCGAUGGCCUGGUGUCAGCGUCGACCCGCGCGUCUUCCGGUCCUCGUUCCCGUGACUUUGACCUACAGGCCUCUCUCAUGAGACUCGUCUCUGAUGAAAAUGUUCCGGCAAACCAGCGCCUGGCCGUGAAUGCCCUCCUUCAGCAAGGUAUUUCCCAGAACUGGUUCAUGUCCAACGCCUCGACCACUAGCUGGUUGGUUCCUAGCAGCAGUGGUGGCACAGGUAGCGGAAGUUCGAGGCAGGGCGCUCAUCACAACUCAAAGAAAGAAUUUUGUUCGUACUGGAUCCGCCAUGGCGAAUGCGAUUAUCAGCAGCAAGGUUGUCUCUAUAAGCACGAGAUGCCCAAUGACCUCCCCACCUUAGAAAAGCUUGGCCUUCGGGAUAUUCCACGUUGGUACCGCGAAAAAUACGGCAUUCCCAGCCUCCUGCCCAAUGGACAUGGUCACCCACGUUCUCACGCUAGUCAUGGUCAACACUGGAAGGAUGAUACUGUGGAGCGUGGCGCUAUGAAGUCGAUCCAGUAUCCUUCCCGCCUGGAGAUCAAUGGCGCGAUCGAUUCCUCGGAUAUCGAAAAGGCUUCUAAGCAGAAGGGUACUCAUUAUCUUUCUUCUCAACAACAUGCUACAGGGGCUACCGGACCAUCUCGACAUGCUUAUCAGGCUGUGAGCUCGCCCAAGAUCUCAACCAACCCUAAGCAUACACACAAGCAUAUCUCCGGUGCGGUUAACUCAGUGCCCAGAAGGAUGGAUCUCCUGUCUUUUGAUUCCCUCCUAGAAUAUCCAACCCUGGAUCAUAUGGGAGGAGGUAUGAGUGGUCUGCCUUACCCUAGUCCUACCGAUCAUGCCGCCAUCGAGAACGUUGAUAGGGUUAAGCACGAAGAGUUUGUUCGCAAUCUUCACUCUCUUAUGCCAGCUCCUAUCGCCACGAGUGCCGACUACCUGUCAACUUCCUUUGAAGGUGCCCCGACCCAGCCACGCUCUAAGAAAAGCCAAAAGUCGCGCCGUCUCUACCAGCCCCGGUCCCAAAUGGCUAUGCACGAUAUAAGCAUGGAAAAGGGCGAAAUUGACUCCUUCGGUACCUAUCAUAGUCAUGAAACUGCGUCCCCCAGUGCGGUUUCGGUCAUGUCCAAGGAGACCCCCAUCUCUCUGCUGGCGAGCCCCAUCCCUGACCCUUCUCAUCUGGGCGCCGCGUCCUCAGAGCCUCCAACUCGGGGCGCCUCUCCAUCGACCCAUUCUGGGGCCUCGUUCUCCUCUGGAUCUAGCCCUCGGGCUCAUCGCAAUCAGUUCAAGGAAAAAGAUUCCAAAACGAUGCAGGCACCCAUCGGCACCAAACUAGUCAACAGAUCCACCGGAUCCCCAGUCAAUUAUGAAUUCUAA